AUGGCUCGGGCGGCGUGGGGGCUGCUGUGGCUGCUGCUGGGCAGCGCCGGGGCGCAGUACGAGAAGUACAGCUUUCGGGGCUUCCCGCCGGAGGACCUGAUGCCCCUGGCCACGGCCUACGGGCACGCGCUGGAGCAGUACGAGGGCGAGAGCUGGCGCGAGAGCGCGCGCUACCUCGAGGCGGCGCUGCGGCUGCACCGGCUGCUGCGGGACAGCGAGGCCUUCUGCCACGCCAACUGCAGCGGCCCCGCGCCGCCCGCCGCCGCGCCCCCGGGCCCCGCGCCCCCCGAGCACGACGGCGGCGACGAGUGGGCCCGCGAGCUGCGGCUCUUCGGCCACGUCCUGGAGCGCGCCGCCUGCCUGAGGCGCUGCAAGCGUUCGCUGCCCGCCUUCCAGGUGCCCUACCCGCCGCGCCAGCUGCUGCGCGACUUCCAGAGCCGCCUACCCUACCAGUACCUGCACUACGCUCAGUUCAAGGCUAACCGGCUGGAGAAGGCUGUGGCCGCGGCCUACACCUUCCUCCAGAGGAACCCUAAGCACGAGCUCACCGCCAAGUAUCUCAGCUACUAUCGCGGGCUUCUGGACGCCGCCGACGAGCCUCUCACAGACUUGGAGGCCCAGCCCUACGAGGCGGUGUUCCUCCGGGCUGUGAAGCUCUACAACAGCGGAGAUUUCCGCGGGAGCACCGAGGACAUGGAGCGGGCCCUGGCUGAGUACCUGGCUGUCUUUGCCCGCUGUCUGGCUGGCUGCGAGGGGGCCCACGAGCAGGUGGAUUUCAAGGACUUCUACCCAGCCAUAGCAGAUCUCUUUGCAGAAUCCCUGCAGUGUAAGGUGGACUGUGAGGCCAACUUGACCCCCAAUGUGGGCGGCUUUUUCGUGGAGAAGUUCGUGGCCACCAUGUAUCACUACCUGCAGUUUGCCUACUACAAAUUGAAUGACGUGCGCCAGGCUGCCCGCAGUGCCGCCAGCUACAUGCUCUUCGACCCGGAAGAUAAUGUCAUGCAGCAGAACCUGGUGUAUUACCGCUUCCACAGGGCCCGCUGGGGCCUGGAGGAGGAGGACUUCCAGCCCCGGGAGGAGGCCAGACUCUACCACAACCAGACAGCUGAGCUCCGAGAGCUGCUAGACUUCGCACACAUGUACCUGCAGUCAGAUGAUGAGAUGGAGCUGGAGGAGACAGAACCACCCAUGGAGCCUGAGAAGCCCCCAUCUGAUGCUGAGUUUGAAGGGGAGGGCGACUACGAGGAGAGCAUCUAUGCUGACUGGUGGCAGGAGCCAGAUGCCAAGGGCGACGAGGCUGAGGCUGAGCCAGAGCCUGAAUUACCAUAAGAGGCCCCCCUACCCCCCUCAAGAGCUUGGGAAGCCUGGGUCCAACAAGAACUAUUUAUUAAACAUGUAAAAUGGACAGAGCUGACCAGGCCCCAUCCUGUCCCACCUGUGAGCACUGCUCCCCAGACCCCUCCUGCCUCCUCUCUGGGUCUCUGGACCACAGGAUGGUGGUGCUGCAGCUGCUGAAGGCCUGCCCUCCUCCCAGUGUCCUCCCCACCCAGUGGGGACAGUCUCCUGGAGAAGAUUCCAGCUCUCCCGAGUUGGGUCUCAGCCUGAAAUGCACACACAGCAGAGGGGCAACUGGCAUCAUGAAGAGCACUGGACCGGGAGUCCCGCGGUUGGUUCCUGGCACACUGGCAGUGGGUGCUCAAUAAACAUUUCUUGUUGAAUGAAUCACA